GUCAAGCAUCCAAUCAUAGACAGGGUGGACCAGACAUCAUAUCCCUGAAGAUAUUAUUGAUGAUAUCUUUGGUGCUGAAUGUGGCCAUGAUGCUGGCUUUUUACUUCAACGUGCACCAGCAGAGGAAAAAGGACUGCAGAACUAGUGAAUUCUGUGAGAGGAAUGAAGUCUUAUUAGAAGCUCAGCCAGGGAUAGAGCUAAAGACAACAGCGUCGGCAGAUACAGAGGAAGUGACUUCACAUCUAAUACAGCCCCCUGUGUACAUCUUGGUCAACGCAGAUUCAGCUCCUAUGAGGAAUAGUGGGAAUGAGUCCCUAAACUAAGGACUCACACCCACUUACAGUAGUGUCUCUGUACUUUGCUGAUGCAGCACAGCUGUGGGAUCCACCUGUGUGCCAGGAGGAUCAGCUCUGCACUGUUUGGUAACAGGACAAGAUACCUGAAUCACCCUGGUGUGCAAACAGCUUCAGGCUCACAUUAAGAAGGAUAACUCGCUAAUGGGGCACUUGACUUCAAACUUGAAGUUGAGGCGUGAGCAUAAACAAGCUGCAGCAUGCCAGUUCACUCAUCUAUACUCAUCUCGAUGAAAAAUGUAUUCAAUACCAGAAUGACAGAAUGUCAGACCACCCAAUCCAGUCCUGAGCUACUUGUCUAAACCAAAUUUUGAGGGAUUUGUUUGUGUAAAUGGUACAGGAAUUAUCAGUUUAUCUUCUUGUUGAGCUUUGUGUAGAACACGGCAGAGCACUCACAUGUGUGUACAGCUUUGUGUUUGCAAAAACAUUUGUAAAAAAAACAGUUGUCAAAUAUAGAACUGCUGUUGGUAGGUUUUUGUUUUAUAUGCAUGGAAGGCAUAGGACAUGAUAUCGGGGCUAACUAGGACAGACAGGACCUGACUGGCUCAUCUAUAUUUCUCAAUAUGAAGACAGAGAAUAAAUGCUACUCGCUAGCUUUGUCUCAUCCUCCUGUUCAGUCCUGUCUAAAUCCAAAAUAAAAAGCAUAAGCAUAAAGUAAGUUGCACAAGAAAAUAAGAAGAAAAUAUGUUCACCUCAUAAGAUUUUCCACUCAUUGGAUUUCUUCUCAGUGAGCCAUUGGAAUUUUCUUAUACGCUAAAAAACAAUGUUUCUGAAACAGACAGAUCACCUGCUGAAGGUCCUCUCGACCCCAUAAAAAAACUGGUGUUUAUUGGUAGCUCAUAUCUUAUUUAUUUUUUUCAUUGCAUGAAUUGAAUUUUAUCAAGUUAAAAUGAACUAAAGAAAUGCAAUUUGAAAUGCAUAUUUGGUUGAGUUACCAGACUUCUAGACAGUCUAGAGCCAUAGAUAACUACAUACCUUAACAUGCUAAGCUAACUCUGCUAAAAAUGUGAUCAAAUUAAAGUCCAUUCUACUGCAUUAUUCACAGUUUUUUAUUAGCUGUGAAACAAGCUGUAGUUGAUGUGAAAAGGUUUUAACUCCUUUAGUCUUUGUGUUUUAUAUUCUAAAUAGAGGAUCCACUAUUCCUACAUGCAGCUGAUAAUAGCCUUCAAUAAUGGUAAAAUACCAGUAUUUCAUUUUGUGUUACAUCCUGUCAUAUUCAUAGGAGGUCAUAUUUGGAGGAACGCCCUGCUCUGUUUAUCUUGCAAGUGUAAUGCCUUGCUUUUAUAUUUUUUUAAGUCGUCCGUUUUAUUUAUGGUGGUUUUUAACAGUCCAAAAUAGGACAAUGUGCACAUUGUGAGGUGUUGUUUUAUACAUGCAGCUAAGAUGAAUGUACCUGUACUCACUGCUUAAUUGUGAAUAAUAAUGUACAGACUUAAGUGUGAGAAGGCCCUGGAGGCAGCACUGACCACAUUGGUUGAGAUGAAUUUGAAUGUCUGGAGCCAAUACAUAAAUCAUAAGGUCAGAAAUUAAUUUUAAAAAGUCAGUUUACCCGGACCUCCGUCCACUAAGGUUUAAUUCUUGCAGUUGUUCCAUGAUGGAUAUUUCAGAGAUAAAUUGUAUUGUGCUACAUCAUGGUGUGAAUAGGAACCAGAACAUUAAAGCUAUGCCUGUAUGUAAGUAUUAUUUAAGGCCUGUGGCAUUUUUGUAAUCUCUGUAUUUUGUAAAAAAUGUUUCCUUG